CUUUUUUCUCUCUUUUUUCGUUGGAUGGUUAAAACUUGAUUUGGGUUUCUCCAAAAGAACCCAAUCUGGGUUCUCAUUCUUCCAGAUCUAGUCCAAUUGAACAAGGGAAGUUUAGAGCCUAAUUUUUGAAAUACAUGGCUGUCAAAGGGAGGUUUGAGAUUUGAGUGCAGCUGAUAAGUAGAGAGGAACUAGAUCUGGGUGUCAGUGGAUCAAAGGACUUGCUGCUCAUGCGACUUUAGCUAGAAGCAAGGAACCAGAUCUGGGUUUCUCCAAUAUUCUCCAUCUCUGUCGCCUUCCCUUUCCUUCCAUCACAUGGUCUAUGUUUCCCUCUUCUUCAUUACUUUCUCUUUCUAGCUUUUCAUAGCAGAAAUAAUGUGGGAUUAAUUUGAGGAAUCAUUAGAGUUUUAAGCUUUAAUCUCCAUUUAUGGUGGGGAAUUCUUGUUUGUGUGUUGUUGGGUUCUUGGUGGUUGGAUUUUUUGGGUUGAAUUUUGAUGGUGUUUCUUUUGCUAUUCUUUCAAGUACUCUGUUCUUAGGGAUCCUUUUUUUGUGCUAGAAAGAUGGAAUUUUUGGAUGAGACCCACUAUUUGUUGAAUGGGUGAACUGUUCAACGAUGGGAACAACAUAUGGGUAUUUUUGAGUCAUCAAUUUGUCUCUUCCAAACUCUCGGCUUCUGGGUUCGAUUCCGGCCAAUUUGCAAAUAUUACUGAGGAAGGGAAUAAACUGGGGAAGUGGAAGGGGAAGAGAUAUUGGGAGGAAAUGGAGGGGAAUGGUGGAGGGUAGAAAAAGGAGGGAAGCGAGGAAAAAUAUAGGAGGAAUGAGGAAGAAGAAGGUUACUUUUGGAAUUUUAGUUAUAAUAAUUUUAUAAUUUAAUU